GACGCUGCGCUUGGCAAUCCCGAAAAGCCACCGCCUCUUCCCCCGAGGAGAAAGCUGGGCCAGUGGAGGGGCGUGACCCUAGUGCUCAGGUUUCUUCCUCUUUACCUGGGCUAGGAGGGGGAGAGGACAGGACUUCCGGUGAAGGUGGGUCCGCCGGACGGCGCCGGAGGGAACCGCCAAUUGCUUUCGUUCGGGGCCACUCCUACCGGGCGUAGCCAGUCUUCUCUGCCCCGGGACCCUCGCCCCGCCGGGAAAUCGGUUUGUUCACUUUGGGCGGCGAGAAGAUUAGCAGUCGCGGACUAAACACUCGUUUGCUUUUCCGUUGGCCCAGACGACCCCGACUUGCCUUUGUGUGGGGCUGGGCUGCUCCCCCGCCACCCCCGCCAGUUUUUGUUUACUGUAGAGUCGUCCUCUCGGAGCCCCGUCUAUCGUGAGGGCGGAGAUGGCCAAUUCGGGCCUGCAGUUGCUGGGCUUCUCCCUGGCCCUGCUGGGCUGGAUCGGCCUGGUGGCCUGCACCGCUCUCCCGCAGUGGCAGAUCAGCACGUACGCGGGCGACAACAUCAUCACGGCCCAGGCCACCUACAAGGGGCUGUGGAUGACGUGCAUAAUGCAGAGCACUGGCUUGGUAAGCUGCAAAAUAUACGACUCGGUGCUCGCCUUGCCAGCCGCCUUGCAGGCCACUCGGGCUCUCAUGGUUGUGUCGCUGGUCCUGGGCUUCUUGGCCAUGUUCGUGGCCACCAUGGGCAUGAAGUGCACGCGCUGUGGAGGGGACGACAAAGUGAAGAAGGCCCGCAUAGCCAUGACCGGAGGCAUCGUUUUCAUUGUGGCAGGUCUGCUUGCCUUGGUAGCUUGCUCCUGGCAGGGCCAUCAGAUUGUCUCAGACUUUUACAACCCCCUGGUCCCUAUGAACCUCAAGUAUGAGUUCGGACCUGCCAUCUUUAUUGGCUGGGCAGGGUCUGCUCUGGUCCUCCUGGGGGGCGCCCUGCUCUCGUGCUCCUGUCCAGGCAGUGAGGGCAAACCUGCGUACCGGGCGCCCCGUUCCUACACCGCACCGAACUCUGCCAAAGAGUAUGUGUAAACUGCAACCUCCGAGCCCCAGCCUGACAGGGCCUGGGUCAGAGAGCUGAGCCUGUGGGCAAGGUGCCCGGUCAACCCAGCCCUGCUGCAUGCACAUCGUGUACAGUUCCCUAGGGGUAGACGGAGGAGAGAGGAGGGCCUAC